UCCGGACGUGGCAACUUUUCCAAACAAGAAAAACGAGUUUUUGGCAUAAUGGAAAAUUGUUUGAAGUUCUUGUGACUAUUUUCAAAGAAACUUGUUUUAGUAGUGUGACAAAAAUAAAAUUUGACUGUCAAAUGCUUAUUGCUUACAGUUGUACCGUAUGGGAAAUAUCGCAAAACGAGAGUUUAGAAGUCGACACUGAAUACGACUUACGUUUGGCGAAUAUUUUAAUAAAAAAUAAAUUCAUGUAAAAUCCAUUUCUAAUAUGACACAUAAUAUUGAAGAAAUAACAUUUGAAGAAUUAGAAGCAACAGAUGUAAUAUCGGUAGAGCUCGUCCCGGAACGUAAGGGUCUUAUUUUAAAGCAUUGUGAGUAUUAUGUAAGCUCAAGAAGACAUGGUACUACUGUUACAAGACGCUACAAUGAGUUUGUGCAGCUAUAUGAUGUUUUAUAUGCCAAGUAUCCUUAUCGCGCAGUAUGUAGCUUGCCUCCCAAACGUGUGGUUGUCGGAGGGGGGAGCCCAUUGUUUUUACAGCGGCGUCGUGCAGCACUGCAGCGUUGGUUAACGCUAGUUGCAAGACAUCCAGUACUUGCCCAUGAUGCAGACCUUCGGACAUUCUUAUGUGAAACAUCACCAAGAUUAGAUAAACCGAAACAUGAUGAGUUCAUACUGGCGGGUACACAAGAAGAUAACGUGGGUGAUAUGAGCACAGACGAGAUGCAGGAAUCAUUUGUGUCAGAACAAGAGCAACUUCGAUUAGCGCACUUGGGCUUAGGAAGGCUAUUCAAGAUUUUUGAAAAAGUUGAAGGUCGCUGCGAUUCCGAACGUACUGAUAUUCGAGAAUUGGGAGCCGCAUUGAACGCGCUGUCUUCCCCAGCUGCCGCGGACACUGCUAGAUGGACGCGCAUGAGAGAUGCGAUGAAAGCCGCCGCCGAACUAGCAAUAGAAACGGGGGAGACUCAGCUCGAGGUGAUGGAGGAAGAGGCGAUGGACGGCAUGUUACUGGCGCUGGACGCGGUGGGCGCCUACCGGCAGCUGUGCUCGCGACUGACGCGCGGCCUGCAUGCCGAGCGCGCCGCCGCCGCCGCCGCCGCCCCGCAGUGCGCCGCCGCCCGCGCGCUGCGGGCGCGCCACCGGUACGCACUGCGCUGCGCUGUCGAGGAGGCUCGGAUUGCUCGCGUCUACGCCCUUUCAGCUUUGGAACUACUUCCUGAGCUCUUGCGCACAUUAGGCACAGCGCAUGCGCGUGUUGCAGCUGUAUGGGCGAACUUGCAUACCGCCUUACGACAUCCAAAUUCCAAACAAGCUGCUAGAGAUUAAAAUUAUUUUUUUAAAUGACUAUUGUCAAGUUAUACUAAUUCCACAUAAUUAAGUCAACUUCUUUGUACUCUCUGUUGUCUAUUUUUAUUAGGUGAUUAAAUCAUGAAUGUUAUUUCUUCAAAUUAUUAUAUAGUUAUAUUGAGUAAAGUUUUAAUUAUUAUACAAUUACUUUUUAAGAUGUAACAUCAGCCUAAUUAUUAUUUUUCAUGGUAAAGGAGAAGAAGUAGAUCUGAUGACUAUUGAGCUUAGUGCACAUGGAGCCCGAGCAUAUAUCCUGUACAUGCCUGAUUGAAUAUUAAACAAGAGCACAGUUAUGUAUCACAAUAAAAUGUACUAGCAAUAACAAAUUGCAUAUAUACAAUCAAUGUUAAUAGCAUAUUAGUUGUUUCACAUUUGGCUUGUAAUUAUGUAUAUUUAUAUAUUAUCACUCUACUUGAUUAUGAUAAUGUAUUGAGAGUUAAUACUUUUUAAACAUAUUUAAAAUAACAAGCCCGUCCGCCCUAUAUCUUACUCACAAAUAUGUUAUCGCAUAUCCUAAGAUAAUCUCACAGACAAAUACUCAUUUAUACAUAUUAUAUAUAGGCAUAUUUCUAAAAAUAUAGACAAAUAUGUUUUUGAUCAUAUAAAACAAACACCUGUACGCCAGCGGCAGAAAUUGCGGGCUUUAUGUGCAUGGAAUCUU